GAUAUCAUAAUAACCGUAAGUCUUUUCUGGUCUUGAUACUUAAUUCCCCUUCCAAUACGAGCAUAGUGAAAUAAAACACGUGAUAUGUCAUAAAUUUGUACCGGGUACAAGUACAUGAAUCCAUUACUAUGAUUUGCCUCGGAAGUCAGUCCAGCCGGCCCCUCCUAGGCAUGAGACCCACCCCCAAACCUUUUUUAUCCCAAUGUCACAAUACUCAACAUCUUUCAAGGAGGAGCACCAGGAAGAAUUUAAACACUAGCUGCUGUGGUAAUAUCUCUGCCUUUCAGGUAAGAAUACUUCUUCUCUUCUGUUAUUUCCUACUCGAAUAUGCCAAUUGGUAGGACAUAUUUGGUGAUAGAGCACAUCGCCCACUUGAAAUUGGGCGGUGAGGUUCGAGGAAGGUUAGAAUUCAGACGGAGAGAGCGCAAGUUGGAUGGAAAAGGGAGCUCUAUUACCUCCACAGAAAUAUUCAGUAGCAAUGUGAGCCAUUCGCUAAUAAUUACCUUAGGAAAAUGGCGGACCAAACAGCAAAGGCAGUCUACCUGCCUCGGCACACUCUCCUCACCCAACUUCGUUUUGCUAUCCGAAUCCGCCUCAAUAAAUUCCUUGCAGCGGUAUAUCUUCGUAUAAUGGGAUUCCCUGGGAUUCGAAAUCCUUCUAUCCAACCAAAUUUCACGAAAACUUAUCCAUGUCGACCAAAGCUUGAUAACCGCAUUUUCAUCCCCAAGUCUUACAAGAGCGGGGACCCUCCAAUGCCGCUAUAUUUAAGUAUCCAUGGAGGCGGGUUUGCCCUCGCGAGUCCCAGAAUUGACGACACAUUCUGCUCCAACUUUUCGGACAAGAAUAAAGUUCUUGUCGUGAGCCUUGACUAUCCAAAAUCACCUAAUAAUAAAUUUCCUCGACCAACUGAGGCAAUCGUGGACCGUAAGCACUCAUAUUUCCAAGCAUUCAUCACUCAUCAAUCCUUUCGCCAAAUGACUCAUGCAAAAAUGUAAAACAUGCUAAUCUUUUGCAGUGGUCCAUGCUGUCUUGGGGGAUGAAUCUUUACCUUUCGACCCAACGAAAGUUGCCAUGGGUGGUUUCUCUGCAGGUGCCAAUCUUUCGCUCUCUGUCAGUCAGCACAAAAGCCUACGGGGGAAAAUUUCUGGCGUUGUCUCGUACUAUCCGCCUGCAGACUUUUCCUAUCCAAUUGACAAGAGUAUUGAAGAGCGACCAGAAGAAGCCCCGCCAGACAUGUUGGCUGGAAUGGCAGAUAUGUUUAAUUGGGCCUAUAUCCGACCUGACCAAGAUCUCAAAGAUCCACUUCUGAGCCCCGUCUUUGCGGCCAAGGAAAAUCUGCCGCCCAAGAUUUUUAUUAUCGGAUGUGAAUAUGACAUGCUUUGUCGGAACGCGAAGGUUAUGGCCGAGAACUUCGCCAAUGCUAGAGGCGACGGCAAAAGGAUGGGCAAGGAUGAUGCGUGGGAGAAGAAUGGUAUCAAGUGGGAGUUGAUUCUCGGGGAGGAACAUGGUAAGCAAUUCUCUGCAUAUCUAGGUCGAUGUCGAUCUACAGAAUUACUUCCGUACUCAUCUUUUCUUCAGCUUUCGACAUGGUUCUUGGACGUGGGGAGGCGAUCAAGGCACGACGGCAAAGGAGAAGAAUCGAAAUGUACGAUGGGGCUGCCGAAUGGCUGUUUCGGGAAGUCUGGAUGACUGGUACUGCUUAACCAAGCACAGACAAGCCCUAUAGGGAUGAAUCAGGGACAAAUCAGAGGACAAUCACGAGUGCGGCUUGGCGCUAGGUACUGUAUGCGUAUGGUUGCAGGAGUUACCUCCGUAAAGCCCUCGAAGUGUCCUUAUCGGAGG